AUGUGGAUUCUCAUCAUCACCCUUUCUUCUCUUGUCCUCUGCUCAACUACAGAAGAGUUACUCCUGGCAGAGGGGACGCCUUGUUCGAAGUAUCAAGUGGCUUUCAACCAUUCGUGCUAUGAGAUUGUGAGGCUCCAGCGCUCUUUUGCGAGUGCCCAGAGCUGGUGCGAGAGAGGAGGGGGCCAUCUGGUCUUUAUUGAAAAUGAAGAAACCCAAAAGUUCUUGGAGGAACACAUCCUAGAGGACAAGGAGUGGUGGAUUGGGAUAACCUACAGUUCCUCUUUGAAUGAAACGACGGAAGGUCCCAUGGUUUGGCUGGACACCUCCAACAUCACCUACAGCAAGUGGCACCAAGAACCGCCCUCGGUCCUCACUUCUGCAUGCGGCUAUAUCCUGAAGAACUCUGGCUACGAGUGGGGUGUCACAGAGAACUGCAGCCAGGAAUUUGACUUCAUCUGUGAGUUUGAAUCAGGCCACAGUAUGGCUUGUGACAACAUGAAUGCAACAGUACAGUGCGGAUCAGGAGACGUGAUUCAGGUUGGGGACAGUUUUUAUGGACGGAAAACUCCCCACUACUGUGUGCUGGAGACUCCCUUGCAGUUUGAUGUGGAAGACGAAUGUAGCUGGAUCAGUGUAAAGGAUGAAGUCGCAGGGCAAUGCCAUGGGCUCCAAGCGUGUCAAGUGGCAGCUGAUGGAACCUUCUUUGGAGAUCCUUGUCCAGGUUUGGGAAGCUACCUGUCUAUUCAGUACCACUGCAUGGAAGGCUUGCGACUGGCUGUGACAGAGACGUGCUUUGUUUUUGAGAAUAUCACCAUCUCAUUUAAAUGGCUUCUCUCUCCCUACUCCGGCAAUCUCUCAUGCAUCAUUAGCAUGGGAGAUGGAAACACAAUCGAUCCUUACUACCCGCCAACUUUGUCUAGCAACGUGACCUACAGCUAUGCCUCUCCGGGUGAAUUCACCAUCUUUGUGGAAUGCACAACCAGUGAAUGGCAUGUGACGGCCCAAACGCUUAUAACCGUCCAAGAUAAAAUGGAUGAGCUUACUGUCACGGGCUGCUUCAGCCAGUCUGAAUCUGGGAAUGGCUCUCAUUGCAGGACUCUUUACAAGGAAACGUUAUGGAUCCAAGUGGCACUUAACGGAGGUAGUGGGGUGACUUACACCGUGGUAGUGGAUAACAAAACUGUGAUGGAGUCCAGUGCCAAGUUGGGAACAGUUCCUCACAAUCUGACCUUGGAUAUCACAUCUCAACAGCUGCUUGGGCCUGGGGUACAUCACCUCAAAAUCAUUGCCUCCAGCAACACCACCGAAUCAGAAAUUUCAGAAGGCCUUACCGUUCAUUUAGUUGAGCCAAUCAGUGGUCUUCAAGCCAAGCUAACCUCCAGCUCUGUGAAAUUAGGAGAAGAUCUGGAGAUCGAGGUCUUUGCACCUCACGGAAAACCAGAAAAGCUCAGGUUUGAGGUGACCGGAUCAAAUGAAACCUUCUUGCACCUGAAGGAUGGUCCUGAAGGAGAAAACAAAACCUACAGUAUUCCAGUGAAAUAUGAAGGUACUUUUCUAGUCAAGGUGCUUGCCCUGAAUGCCUUCUCAAACAUGAGCAUUGACGUAGGAACGGUCACCAUCUCGCCCAACAGCUCUGGGUACUGCUGGCCUGAGUGGACAGAAUGUGUUCAACGGCGAUCCAUCCUCAUCGACCAAAGAGAGAUACGGAUCCCGCCCACCUGCUUGCCUCCUCCCAGCUCUGCAGUGACCGUGAAAGUUACAGUUCAAACCCCAGAGAAGGAGACAAAGCAGGAUGAGCAAUGCCUUUACUUGACAGCAAAACAAGAGCUGAGCCUCCAAAUCAGCUGCAAUAAGAACUGCAAGCCAGUGGAUACCUCUGAAGAUGUUGUGCUUAGAGUCUCUACAGAGACAGAGUCAAAAGACACGCUCUACAAGUGGUACUUAGAUAAUACGUUCCGCAGAAAGCCCAAUCCGCUCCCUUCAGGCUGUAGCUUGAAUGGCUUCCGGCAGAGCAAUCUUACAAUGCUUCAGAGUGACACAACGGUGUUGGUGCUGAACAAUUCAUUUCUGCAAGCCCAAGGAAAAGCUUUUAGAAUUAAAGUUACAGCAACACAUGAGCACAAAUACGGCGAAGCAACUUAUGUCGUCAGCACUGUGCCUCCCCCUGUCGUCCCAGUAUGUUCUGUAUCCCCGAAGCAAGGAUCCGUGCUUACCCCCUUCUCCAUCUCCUGCCGCUCUCCCUGCCUGGAGGACCAGUGCCUUCCAGUGGACAGCUCCCCACUGACAUACUGUUUCUGCCUCAAGCCAAAUUCUCUCCUGCACUGUGGCCAAGAUCCUGACCUAACCUCAGUUUACCUCCCAAUCGGAGAAGAGGACAAUAACUGCCUUUUACACGUUACCAUCACUGUGAGUAACAGCUACGGGGACACCGUCCACACAAAGGCCACAGUCAGGGUUCAAAAUGAAGAUAUAAGCACGGGGAACCAGACCCUGCAGGCCAUUAUAUCAGAAAAAUCAAGCACCAUCCUGAAAGGAGAGAACAGCAGCAUGUCCCUGUUCCAGCUGUACAAGUCGGUGUCAUCCCUCCUUAAUCAAGAGACAAAAGAAGAGAGCAUUAAUUCAACUCUACGGACAGAUACCCGGAAAGAGCUGAGAGAGUUAAUGCUGACCACUCUGUCGGCUGUCAGCGUAACGUCCAUGCAGACAGCUCUCAAGAUGUCCGAGGUGCUCAAAGAAAUCACUUACAGGAGUGAAGAGCUUUCUUCUUCUGCACAGGUUGAAGCUGGUAAUACUCUGAAGGAUGUCAGUGAAUCCUUGCUGAUUGUCACCCCUGAAGAUGGAGAGGAUGACCAGAAGCGCAAGGAUGCUGCCACGUACCUGUUCAAUGCAGUGAACAAUGUCCUCGAAGCUACUGUUCAGAACAGGACUGAGGAGGCUUCUACCCCAGAAUUCAAACAGGUGUGAGCUUUCUUUUCUCAACUACUGACCACUGUGGACAACCUCCAGAGUGCCCUCCUCAUUGGGAAACUGCCUGACAAUGAACCCACUGUGCUAACAGCUUCCUCUGUGGCUAUGUACAUCAACAGGUUGCAGACAGAUGAUGUGGACAGCACACCCAUCAAUAUCUCCAACUCCAGCGCUGCCAGCUUCACCCUGCCUUCUGCCUCUUCUCUCAGCAUCUCAGGAGCCAGUGAUGAGACAGUGGAUAUCCGGAUGGUGAGCUUUUCUGUGAACCCCUUUUCCUCAACUGACAACUUUGAUAUCCACGGAGCUGUGGGAGGCCUCACCCUCACCGGCCUAGAUGGGCUGGUCAUUCCGGUGAGGAACCUUACAGAAGACAUUGAGAUAAUGCUACCCAGGAGUUUGGAAAUCCAAGAAGACAGAACUGUGUUGAAUCUGGGAAACUUCAGUGCUCUCCAAGUCAAUGUGACCUCAGUAAAUACAUCUCUAGUGAUUCAUCUGGAGCUGGACCAAAAUGUUCCACUUGUCCUGUACCUGGGAUAUGGCUAUCAACCCAAUGAGACUGACCACGAUUUGUUAACACAUGUUCCUUUUGACAGAAACACAAGAGAUACAGUGUAUUCCUGGGUUUUUCAUCCGGAAGACCUCAUUUUUGGAGAAGGAACUUAUUAUUUCACAGUGAGAGCGGAAACUGAACUGGGGCUGGUGGCCCUCAGUGACAUAAACCUCUCCAUCACUUGCUUUGUAUCCCAGUGUGUAUUUUGGGAUGAGCACCAAAGAAACUGGAACAGCUAUGGAUGCCAUGUUGGCCCCAAAACAAUCCCCAGCAGCACCCAGUGUCUCUGUAACCACCUGACAUUCUUCGGGAGCUCUUUCUUCGUCAUGCCCAACACCAUUGACGUCAGCAAAACUGUGGAAUUGUUCGCCACGUUUGUGGACAAUCCCGUGGUUGUGACAACCGUAAGCUGCAUCUUCCUUGUGUACCUGCUGGUUCUGAUCUGGGCCAGAAGAAAAGACAUCCAGGACGAUGCCAAAGUGAAGAUAACAGUGCUGGCGGAUAAUGACCCCUUGGCUCAGUAUCGCUACCUGGUGACCCUUUUUACAGGGCACCGCCGAGGGGCAGCCACAACCGCCCAGGUGACCCUCACCCUGUAUGGCCAGGAAGGUGAGAGCGAGCCACAUCACCUGGUGGACCCCGAGAUGCCGGUCUUUGAGCGAGGAGGGGUGGACGUGUUCCUGCUCUGUACUCUCUUCCCUCUGGGGGAACUGCAGAGCAUCAGACUGUGGCAUGACAACUCAGGAGACAGCCCAUCCUGGUAUGUGAACCGUGUGCUGGUCCAUGACGUUGCCACAGAUCAGAAAUGGUAUUUCCUCUGUAACUCUUGGCUGGCCAUUGAUGUUGGGGACUGUGUGUUGGAUAAAGUGUUCCCCAUAGCCACUGAGCAGGAUAUGAAGCAGUUCAGCAACCUGUUCUUUAUGAAGACCUCCAAGGGCUUCCAAGAUGGACAUAUCUGGUAUUCCAUUUUCAACCGCUCCCCCCGCAGCUCCUUCACCCGAGCCCAGCGAGUGUCCUGCUGCUUUUCACUCCUUUUGUGCACCAUGCUAACCAGCAUCAUGUUCUGGGGGGUGCCUAAGGACCCAGCUGACCAGAAAAUGGAUUUAGGUAAGAUAGAGUUCACAUGGCAGGAAGUGAUGAUUGGCUUCGAAAGCUCCCUCCUCAUGUUCCCCAUCAACCUGAUCAUCGUGCAGAUCUUCAGGAAUAUCCGCCCACGGCCUAACAGAGAGAAGAAGCCAGGGAAAAGUGGGCGUGUGUCCCCAAGUCUACCUACUCCUCCCCAUCAGGCUACCCAGAGCAUGUCACUGACACCUGAGGCUGACAUCAGGCGAAUUGCCAACUCCCUCUUCAAAACCCUCAGGGCUCCAUUCCCUUCCUUGGAGCCUGAUUUGGGGAAGUCUACUGAUAUCAACAAGCUGUUGGCCUUAGUGGAGGACAUUAUCUGUCAGCAGAACAGAGUUGGACAGGAAUUUUACAACGAGAGCAAGAAGAAAGAUGACCCAAUUAUCAUCACUCUCGGCUUGGUGGAUUUACAAGGUCAGUUGACGAGCUGGCAUCCAACCCCAGAGAGAGGGAUGGGUGAAAGGCUGAAACACCGAGACUACAACCGUUGCCUCUACGCACAGCUGCAGAACGUGGAGACAGAGCUGGAACUGCUGGGGGCUCACCGAUUCCAGAAGCCGCAAAGUUACUCUCAGGCUGUACGCCAGGUUCAGCACAUGAAGAACUUCCUGGAAAGCCAGCUGGGCUCUCCUACUCCCAGCCUUCCAGGAGAGGGUAAGAAGGAGGCAGCACCCAAAGGUCUGCCUUGGUGGUGCGUGUUCAUUGGCUGGUUCCUGGUUGCUGCCACGAGCGGCGUGUCUGGAUUCUUCACAAUGCUUUACGGGCUCCAUUAUGGCAAGGAGAACUCCAUCAAGUGGCUCAUCUCCAUGGCCAUCUCCUUCUUUGAAAGCCUUUUCAUCACACAACCACUGAAGGUUUUAGGAUUUGCUGCUUUCUUUGCUCUGGUUCUGAAAAAGGUGGAGCAGGAAGAUGAGGAGAACACAGCCAUUGAGGGACCACUGUCUGCCCCAGGUGACUCAAACCCUCUCUUUGGAACCCGCAGAGACAGCGGAAGCAACAUCUACCAGCCGCCCCCUGCUACCGAUGUUGAGAAAAUGAAGAGCAACCACAUGAAGGAGCAGAAAGCAUUUGCCCUGAUUCGAGAAAUAUUGGCCUAUUUGGGUUUCUUGUGGAUGUUGUUGUUGGUUGCCUACGGCCAGCGUGAUCCUAACUCCUAUUACCUGAACAAGCAUAUCGAGAGUAGCUUCACUGAUGGAUUCCAAGAUAUCUUCAGCUAUCAGGAGUUCUUCAAGUGGGCCAGGACAACUUUAGUCAGCAAUUUAUAUGGCCCGUAUCAAGGCUUCAUCACAGAUGGCAACUCCAAGCUGGUGGGCAGUGCCCGGAUUCGUCAAGUGAGAGUAAAGGGCAACACCUGCCCCAUAGAUCCUCAGCUCCAGCAGACAGUUCGAGAAUGCCAUGCCUCUUAUUCUUUCGACGCAGAAGACACGUCAGACUAUGGGGAACGCUGGAAUGUCUCUUCUGCAGCUAAUUCUUCAGAGCUGAAUUCUGCAUGGCAAUAUCAGAGCCAAACCAAACUGAGAGGGCACCCCAUCUGGGGCAAAAUGGCAGUCUACAGAGGUGGAGGAUAUGUGGUUCACCUGGGGACAGAGUCCCAUAACGCUUCCAGAAUUCUCCAGUAUCUCUUCGACAACAUCUGGCUGGACACCUUUACAAGGGCCGUGUUUGUCGAGUUCACCGUCUACAACGCCAACGUGAACCUGUUCUGCAUCGUAAGCCUCAUGUUUGAAACCAAUGCAUUAGGGGCCUUCUUCACACGUGCUGAGCUGCAGAGUAUCCGGCUUUAUCCAUACACGGAUGGCCUGCAUAUCUUUGUGGUAGCAGCAGAAGUGAUUUAUUUCCUCUUUGUCAUCUACUACAUGGUGGAACAGGGAAAGCUCAUGCGUGCUCUGAAAUGGAACUACUUCCGCAGCAAGUGGAACCUGCUGGAACUGGCCAUCAUCUCCAUCAGCUGGAGUGCUCUGUUGGUGUUUGCACGACGGACCAUCCUGGGUUUAUGGGACAUCAACUACUACCAGGAACAUAAGGAUGAGUUUGCGAGUUUCAAUCAGACGGCGACCAUUGAUGCCAUUCUGGGCUACCUGAUAGCCUUCUUGGUGCUUCUCUCUACCGUGAAGCUCUGGCACCUCCUGAGGCUGAACCCCAAACUGAACAUGAUUACCUCCACCCUACGGAGGGCCUGGGGGGACAUCUCGGGAUUUAUGACUGUGAUCAUCAUCAUGUUCCUCGCCUACUCCAUAGCCACAAACCUGAUCUAUGGCUGGAAGCUGAAUUCUUACAAAACCCUCUUUGAUUCAGCAGAGACCAUGGUCAGCCUUCAGCUAGGAAUUUUCAACUAUGAAGAGGUCCUGGAUUACAACCCCAUUCUGGGUUCAUUCUUAAUUGGCUCGUGCAUCAUUUUCAUGACUUUUGUGGUGCUGAAUCUGUUUAUUUCGGUGAUUCUUGUAGCUUUCAGCGAGGAACAGAAGCAUUACCAGGUCCUGGAUUACAACCCCAUUCUGGGUUCAUUCUUAAUUGGCUCCUGCAUCAUUUUCAUGACUUUUGUGGUGCUGAAUCUGUUUAUUUCGGUGAUUCUUGUAGCUUUCAGCGAGGAACAGAAGCAUUACCAGGUUUGUCUGUACAAGUGUUAA